GAUUUUUGAUCAUAUGAAAAAUGAAAUGGCAGAAAAGACAGGACAGUUACAAACGGAACUCUACAAUCUCUGAACCUCUGAAUGAACUAGGAAAGGGCAUAAUGGACAUCUCUUCUGGAAUUACCCCUGGACUCACGGGCAACAUGGCUCAGGAUAUGACUGAGAAAGAGCUAAGGAAAAUGGAAUUAGAUCAACUGAAGAAGGAAGUGAAGACUGAAAGACAAAUGGUCUCCAAGACAGGAAAAGAACUCAGAGAUUAUAUAGAAUCUAUGGCUGCAGAAGAUCCUCUCUUAAAAGGUAUCCCAGAAGACAAGAACCCAUUCAAGGAGAAGGGAGGUUGUACAAUAAGCUGACCUUGGCCCCACCAAAAGAAGAUCUUUGUUGCUGUCCUUAUAUAUUAGGACUGUAUGAAUUAUGUUUAUCCAUAUACAAUGAGUCUAAAUCAGGAU